AUGGAUAACACAUACGCAUCUGGCGCUGAUUACGGAUACGGUGACCAGUCUUACUGGCCAACCAGUGCAGCUAUGGCUAGAAACGUGUCACAUGGGAGCGAAUAUAGUAACUACUCGGCAAACAGCAACGGACAAUACGACAUUGCAGUGUCGCCGGGCUCUGAAAAUAUAGGCAGCUAUGAUUUCUUGAAUGUGCAAGAUGGAGGAACAUAUGUAUCGGGUGGGCAAGGAUACGAUACGAACAACCAAGUGGAGCAGCAAGACUUUCAGUACCAGUUCUACGACUUCGUUGCCAGCGACAAUUCGGGGCAAGGCCCGUACUGGAGACUGAGGUCUAACUAUACACCGACAGAAACUUUUCCAGAAACCCUUCCCGCUAUUGGUUCUGAUAUGUUGCCUCCCGUUAGUAGCGCCUCGACCGCUGGCGAUGCUUCGGGCCGCCACGUCUGUCUUGAGCCUUAUUGUAACGCAUCGCCGUUUAAACGGAAAGCAGAUCUUCAACGGCACUAUCUCCACAGACAUCGCGAUGCAAACCAGAAAAAGCCGUUUCCCUGCGACUGGAAGAAAUGUCAGAGAUCUAAAGAUCCAUUCUAUCGACUCGAUCACUGCCGAGAGCAUUACCGUGACUACCACAAUGAAGACUUAUUGCGACGCAACUCUAACAAGGAGAACAGCGAAUGGUGGAAGAGUCGCAAUUUUGACAUCAAGUGGUGGCGCUGUGCUAGGUGCCUCAGCCGCAUCCCCAUUGAUAGCAAGGGUUUCGAGUGCGCUAAAUGCAAAACGACUUGCGAACCCGAAAGACGCAAGCUGAGGGGCUACAAGUAA